AUGAGUUACGAGUUGCUGCCGGAAUGGUUGAACCUUAUCCUGAACGACGUCGAAACCAUGCUCUCCCUGCCGAUCUUAAUCUUCAUGAUCCUCUGCACCGUCCAGUUCAUUCUGAAUCACACGAUGGACAUCGGGUGCACCGUCUACGAGAACAUAAAACCGGAAACCGAUGACGACGAAGCUGCCGAGAAGGAAAAGGGCGACAGUCUGAUAAGCAAAAUCAAAGAGUUCAUACAAAACUUGGGAUUCGGUCAAAGUUACGUCGAUCACAAUGACGAGGAGACUCUGACGGCGCAACCGAUCAGACAAAAUAGUCAAGAAGAAGAGUGGGACUACUGUGAAGAGGACGACGAUUAAGGAGGAAAAUCGAUGAACGUUUAUAUCGUCUAAAAUCAUCGAUCCCGUAUUUGUAUUGUAUUUUUUCGAGGAAUUUAAAUCAGGAGUAAA